GCCGGAACCAACACAGGCAAAGCUAACAACCCUAACAACCAGGACCCUCAGAAGUCCCUGCAGCUCGAUCCCAGUCAGGUCCAGCCCGGUCUCGCCAAUGAUGGUCAGAACCCGCCAGUGGCUGGCCAAGUCCCAUCGUUAACGAGCCCGAAUAACUUCAUAAAUUUCUGUCUGAGCCAGAAGACUACGUUGACUAAUGGGCUUCAGACUAAGGCUGGGUCUUGUAACCCAACAAUCAUGGGCCGUAUUUUGGCCACGGACAAACUCGUCAGUUCCAAGUUCGCGUUUCCCGUGAAUGGUCAGAACAUCGCCGCAAAUACUGACUUCACAGUCAAGAUGAAUAUCAAAAAUAUCGUCACAGGAAACUUCGUAAACGCUCAAGCUAAUUACUACGCUGCGCCUUGUCAAGUCGAUGGCUCUGGCACUGUCCUCGGUCAUUCGCACGUCGUUAUUGAGAAGAUACCAUCCCUUACCGAUACCAACCCAACCGAUCCUCUGACCUUUGCAUUCUUCAAGGGUUUGAAUGCUAAGGAUGUGAAUGGUGUUCUCACGGCAGAUGUAACAGGAGGAUUGGCAGCUGGAACCUAUCGUUUGGCUUCGAUCAACACUUGUUCCAAUCACCAGCCUGUGCUCGCAUCUGUUGCUCAACACGGGAGUAUGGACGACAUGGUUUAUGUAUGUUGCUGUCCUUUGAUUUUUUAUCUCACCGUUCCGAUUUGUUUGUGA